CAUACCCUGAAGAUGAAGACUUCAACUCUCCAGUUUGUCCUCAUAUGUCUUUCAUUUGUUGAAGUUUUUUCUUUACAAACACUGUACAUGGACGACAACUGUGUAUCUACCGUGGUCACCUACGUUGACACAGCAGCUCGAAUAAAGGCAUCGAGAUAUUCCAAACUUAACCGAAACCUGAACUGUACACUGACAGUCCGGGCCAAGCCCGAGGACCAGCUGGUCGCUGUUGUCAGGUCCAUGGAUUCAUUAUGUAAUUAUGUGACUGUAUCGGUGUACGAUGGCGAAAACAGGAACCGUAAAAUACAGGAUAUGUGUGGGCUGUCUGCAUACAAUUUGCCAAAGAAAACAUUUACUUCUACUCGAAACGCUUUAACAUUCAAUUUGAUGACAGCGUCAACAAUUUCUUCCAGUGCAUAUGACAUCAUAGUGACAUCAUACAGUAGAGGUACCUGUACGUUUGGGUUCCAGUGUGAUAACAGCCGAUGUAUCGACAGCAGUCUCUCCUGUAACGGCUAUAAUAACUGCGGUGACAACAGUGACGAAUACCUGUGUAGUAGCACCAUCGUUCUCGGAGCAGGUGUUAUCGUGGCGAUCGUACUAGGCGGAUGUUUUGUCGUAAUAUGUCUCCCGAUCAUCAUUGUUGUGUCAAUAUUUCGUCGUAGACGGACAUACGGCAGGUUUUAA